CGCACUCAGAGCUCGAAACUGAGCUGCUAGCACAUUUCUAGUCAACAAAAACUCAAAACCCUAUAAAAUCUUCGCCUUUUUUACUCUAAAUUCUUGCGUAUCUAUCCUUUUAAUUUAGAACAGGAGUGGAUGGCGGUGGCAUUGACGGCCAAGGAUGCGGACGACUGGACUUAUAGAGGCGAAGGAGCUGUAAAUCUUGUCCUUGCUUAUGCUGGCAACUCUGCCGAAUUUGUUGGAAAAGUGUUACGAAUACCAAAGGUUUCAACAAAUGGAUCUCAUUUAGAGAAUGGUCAUUCAGCCUUAACCCCGCACGAAUGCCUCCUUUGGAAAGAUACAGCAGAUCUUACAUCAGCUCCCACAAGGGAAAUUGCGGAGCAACUGUAUGUGCAGCAUGUAAUGCGCCCAUUGUUAGGUUCUGAGCAUGUUGAUGCUGGGAUGCGCAUCCUUGUUUCCAAAGAAUUCCUAGUGGCAAUUGAGAAGAAGGUUCUUAGUCAGCGUCCUUCUUGGCGGGUCAAAGCUGCGAAAGUCAAUCCCCUAUGCGAUUCAGUUCUUUUGAUAUCUGAUCAUUCAGUUUUUCUGCCUGGUACACUUAAAGGAGAAUUUAGCUUAUGUGUGGAGAUCAAGCCAAAAUGUGGAUUUCUUCCAACUUCAAAAUUCAUUGCGGAAGGAAAUGCAAUUAAAAGAAGUGUCACUCGUUUCAAGAUGCAUCAGGCUCUAAAGUUACAUGAUAGGAUGAUAUCAGAGAUAAGCGAGUAUGAUCCACUAGAUAUGUUCUCUGGAUCCAGAGAGAGAAUACACAGAGCGAUCAAGGCCUUGUAUAACACUCCACAGAACAACUUUAGGGUUUUCUUGAAUGGUUCUCUUAUAUUUGGGGGCUUGGGUGGUGGGACUAAAAGUACUAAUUACAUGGUUGGUCAAGACUUUGAAGAUGCACUUAAGCACGUCAUUAUGGCUGAAGAUGGUAUGCGUACAGAGAAACUGCUCGAGCUCAUCACUGAGGCACUUUUUAGAUCAGGAUUGUUGGAUCGACUUCUUGAAGUCCAGAAACUUGAUGCAAUCGACAUUGAAGGGGUCAUUCAUGCAUAUCAUGACAUUGUUUCUCAACCUUGUCUGGUAUGUAGAAAGAUGGAUGCUGAUGAAUUUACAAAUAGAUAUGCUACUUUGCAUUCGAUGCCAAUGGAAGAAAGCUUAAAGAUAGUUAGAGACUAUUUAAUUGCUGCAACUGCAAAAGAUUUGAGUAUGAUGCUUAGUUUCCAACCCCAACAAAGAGGGGAUGUGGAUUCUCCAAAUGGUGCUCUCUUUCUGAAAUCAACCAACCAAAGUUUUGACCUCAAGGUAUCUUUCAUUGACUUGGAUAUGAAACCUUUUAAAAAGGUGGUGUAUUACUAUGAGUUAGACCAGCAGAUUGUUCAUUUCUAUGUUCAGAUGGUGGAAACAGAGCCGUGGCUUGAGAUCAAGGCAAGCAAUCAGGAAAUGCGAGAUUCAAAUGAGUCCAUUCUUCUGUAAUUGAAGAUGCUUCCUGUACUAAGGAUGUUGCAGAGAUAGGAGAGUUGUUGAGGAACAUAUGUUGAAAGAGACAUGUCAGAAAUUUUCACCCCUCACUGGGAAAGUGAUAUAUCAACUACUCUGUUGCUUUGCCAUGCCAAGACCACAUGAGCUAUUUACUCAACACAGCUGGAGACUGAAUUAAUCAUGAUGUACACAAUUAUGUAAAAUGCUGAAAGUCAAGAAAGUAUCUUUUCUUGACAAGCUGCAAAUGAGUGGAUAUACUCGCAUAUCUUACUCCAGUGUAAUUUAUUUUUAUCCUUCAAGUUUGAAGGCGAGUCUCACACAGUGUAACAAUUUUGCUGUUGUAAUUUAUUGUUGUAAAAUAUCCUGAACUCCAUGAUGGGAGGCUUAUGAACCCGAUGUACCUCCAUACUUAUUUGUAGUGAUAGCAAAUUGAACUUUUAGUCAAACUCAUGGGGGUUGACAUGGUGUGCUACUAGUUGUCUAGACCACAAAUAUGAAUGAAAAAAGGAAAUUUGACUGCUGAUUA